UCAUUGCCGGGGACGCCAUCUUCUCAGUCUGCGCUCAGAGGCGGACGCGGCACAGUCACCAGGAGCAGUAAUACCGUCACUCAGCACCUACAGCCGCCAUGCUAUCAGUCCGUGUAGCCGCCACUCUUGCCCGAUCCCUGCCUAGGCAGGCCGGCCUGGUUUCCAAACAAGCUCUUGGUGCUGCUUUUGUUGCAGCUAGAAACCUCAAUACAUCUGGGUCAUGGCUGCAAAAGGCUGGGACUGCUGAGGUGUCCUCUAUUCUUGAAGAACGUAUCCUUGGUGCAGACAUAAAAGCAGACCUUGAGGAGACAGGACGUGUACUUUCCAUUGGUGAUGGUAUUGCCCGUGUAUAUGGCCUCAGGAAUGUUCAGGCUGAGGAGAUGGUGGAAUUCUCCUCCGGCCUUAAGGGCAUGUCCUUGAACUUGGAGCCUGACAAUGUUGGUGUUGUAGUAUUUGGUAAUGACAAGCUUAUCAAGGAGGGGGAUGUCGUUAAAAGAACCGGAGCUAUUGUGGAUGUGCCUGUAGGUGAACAGCUGCUUGGCCGUGUUGUAGAUGCCCUUGGUAAUCCCAUUGAUGGAAAGGGCCCAAUUGGAUCAAAACUCCGCAGAAGGGUGGGUCUGAAGGCUCCAGGUAUCAUUCCACGUAUCUCUGUGAAGGAACCCAUGCAGACUGGUAUCAAGGCUGUAGACAGUCUGGUGCCUAUUGGUCGUGGGCAGCGUGAGCUGAUCAUUGGUGACAGACAGACUGGGAAAACGGCUAUUGCAAUUGAUACCAUCAUUAACCAGAAGAGGUUCAACGAUGGAACUGAUGAAAAGAAAAAACUGUACUGUAUCUAUGUUGCUAUUGGUCAGAAGAGGUCUACUGUUGCUCAGCUGGUCAAGAGGCUGACUGAUACAGAUGCCAUGAAGUACACAAUCGUAGUAUCUGCCACAGCUUCUGAUGCUGCACCACUUCAGUAUCUAGCUCCAUACUCCGGCUGCUCCAUGGGAGAAUUUUUCAGAGACAAUGGGAAACAUGCUUUGAUCAUCUAUGACGAUUUAUCUAAACAGGCUGUUGCCUACCGUCAGAUGUCUCUGCUGCUGCGUCGUCCCCCUGGUCGUGAGGCCUACCCUGGUGAUGUGUUCUACCUGCACUCCCGUUUGUUGGAAAGAGCAGCUAAAAUGAAUGAUCAGUUUGGUGGUGGAUCUCUUACUGCUCUACCAGUCAUUGAAACCCAGGCUGGGGAUGUGUCUGCCUAUAUUCCAACCAAUGUCAUCUCUAUCACUGAUGGGCAGAUUUUCUUGGAGACUGAGCUUUUCUACAAGGGUAUUCGCCCUGCCAUCAAUGUAGGUCUGUCUGUGUCCCGUGUAGGAUCUGCUGCCCAGACAAGGGCCAUGAAGCAGGUUGCUGGUACAAUGAAGCUGGAAUUGGCUCAGUACCGUGAGGUUGCUGCCUUUGCUCAGUUCGGUUCUGACUUGGAUGCUGCUACUCAACAGCUUCUGAACCGUGGUGUGCGUCUGACUGAGCUGCUGAAGCAAGGACAAUACGUUCCCAUGGCCAUUGAGGAGCAGGUAACCGUAAUCUAUGCUGGUGUGAGAGGUCACCUAGACAAGAUGGAUCCCUCAAAGAUCACAUCAUUUGAGGCUGCUUUCCUUCAGCACGUCAAGAGCCAGCACCUAGACCUCCUUGCUACCAUUAGGGCCGAUGGAAAGAUCUCAGAGCAGACAGAUGCCAAACUCAAGGAACUUGUAAUAAACUUCCUGUCUACAUUUGAAGCAUAAACUCCAACCAUAUUUCAGAUGCCAGUUUGUGAUUUUCCUUGUCCAUUGUUCUACUUGGUUCCAUUCUAGCUAAACUUAUUUUGAAGCACUUGUGCUUUUACUGUACAGACACUUUGAGAAUAAAAUGUUCCAUGGAAACUUUA